AUGUCUAACAUCCAUUCUCUCUCUACUCCACAGCACCGCAUAGCCAGCUCCUCUCCUGAGAACGAGCCCCAUCCCCUAUCCUCCUUCCUGGCCAGAACCUGUGGCCAAGCCCAUCUGGGAGGCAGUGGAGUGGGGCAGGAGCGGCAACACAAUCCUUAUGAGGGGACCAUGAGCUCCAUGACUGGGAUGCUCCAGCUGUGGGGCGGGGAUGUGGUCCAGAGCUCUAGUCUUGGGGUCCAACAGGUGGCAACUCUGACAGUGCCAAAAUUAUCUUUUCCUGGCCACAUCCAGAGUGGACUGGGCCCUCACCCCCACCACCACCACCACCUCCAUGAGCUGCCUCUCACCCCUCCGGCUGAGCCCUCCUCCACCCCGACUGCCUACGCCUUUGAUCUCUCUCCAGGAAAGAUGCUCGCUCCUCAGGUCCAGGGUAGCUCUCAUACCCCAUACUUCAACCACCAGAACAAUAGUAUUGGGCAGAACUUUCCUAACUUCCUCCAAGUUUCCACAACAAGACACCCCUACCACCCUGGUGGGUAUACAGAGGAAGGUCAGCAGUGGUGGAGCCUGCCGCAGACCACCAGCAGCCCCCAUGGCCAUCACCAACCUCACAGCCACCCCCACCAUCACCACCCUCACCCCUUUGCCCUGGGCAGACAGCUGGUGUUGGGGCACCAGCCUCAGAUCGCGGCCCUCCUCCAGGGCUCAUCCAAGGGCUUGCUGGGCUCCACACGCCGCUGCAGGCGCUGCAAGUGCCCCAACUGCCAGUCCACUUCUGGAGGCACAGGGGCUCCAGCAAACCCAGAAGAACCAGGCCGGAGGAGGCUCCACAUCUGCCACCUGCCCGAGUGUGGCAAGGUGUAUAAGAAGACGUCCCACCUGAAGGCCCACCUGCGCUGGCAUGCUGGGGAGCGGCCCUUCCUCUGCAGCUGGCUCUUCUGCGGGAAGAACUUCACACGCUCGGACGAGCUACAGAGGCAUCUGCGCACACACACGGGGGAGAAGCGCUUCAGUUGUCAGGCAUGUGGGAAGAGGUUCAUGCGGAGCGACCACCUAGCAAAACACGAGAAGACCCACCAGGGUAAGAGGGGACAGCCAGAAUCAAGGGACAGCCAGGGCCCCCAGCAGGAGGCUCCACAGCGACCGGGUGGCAGCAGAGGACCAGAUAGGAACAUCAAGAAGGAGUAG